CACCCCCUACUUCUCUCUCUUGAAUCCUCCCCCCACCAUUAACGGAAAAAAAGGCUCAACACUCUUUCUCCGAUGCUUUCGCUUCCCAUUCCCAAUCACGCUUCCUCCGAGCCUCAGAAAAAACCCAAAAACCCCGCGUUGUUAGAGCGCAAGAACUCUCUCAAUUCCCUCAACUCCGUCCUCCAACCCAUCCACCAUGCCCACCCUCGCACUUGCCUCCUCCUCACCAUCCUCUCCCUCCAGAUCCUCCUCGUCUUCACCCUCCGCUCCCUCCCUCUCUCCCUCUCCCUCCCCAACCCACUCGGCCGCCAGGCCAACAUCCAUGUCGGCAACUCCACACCCGUCGACCCGACACAGGACCCAUGCGGGUCGGAUCGGAUAUUUGUCUACCAGUUGCCCGCUGCGUUCAACUCCGAGAUUCUGGCCAAUUGCGACGACUUGAACCCGUGGAGCUCGCGCUGCGACGCGCUGGCCAACGACGGAUUCGGCCGGAGCGCCACCGGGCUCGCCGGUAUCGUGCCGGAGGGACUGGUCCCGGCGUGGUACUGGACGGACCAGUUCGUGUCCGAGAUCGUGUUCCACAACCGGCUUUUGAAGCAUAAGUGCCGGGUUCUGGAGCCCGAAUCCGCCACGGCUUUCUACAUACCGUUCUACGCUGGACUCGCGGUGGGGAAGCAUCUGUGGUCGAAUUCGAGCGCCAGAGAGCGCGAUCGCCACUGCGAGAUGAUGUUGGGGUGGAUUCAGGACCAGCCGUACUACAAGAGAUCCAAUGGCUGGGAUCACUUCCUCACGAUGGGGCGCAUCACGUGGGACUUUCGGCGCUCCAAGGAUCACGACUGGGGCUCCCGCUGUAUCUACAUGUCCGGGAUGCGGAACAUCACGCGCCUCCUGAUCGAGCGGAACCCGUGGGACUACUUCGACGUCGGCGUGCCCUACCCCACCGGAUUCCACCCCAGGUCAGACUCCGACGUUAUAGAAUGGCAGCGCUUCGUCCGCGAGCGUAACCGCGCCAGCCUCUUCUCCUUCGCCGGAGCGACGCGUGGCGCGGUCCGGAACGACUUCAGAGGACUGUUACUUAGACAAUGCAAUGAGACGGACACGUGUACGGUUGUAAACUGCGCCAAGUCUCGGUGUUCAAACGGCACGUCGGCGAUCCUCGAAACGUUUCUGGGCUCCGAGUUUUGUUUGCAGCCGAGGGGUGAUAGCUUCACGCGAAGGUCGAUUUUCGACUGCAUGCUGGCCGGUUCGAUCCCGGUUUUCUUCUGGCGGCGAACCGCGUAUUACCAGUACGAGUGGUUUUUACCGGACAAAUGGGAGAGUUACUCGGUUUUCAUAGACCGUAACGCGGUCAAAAAUGGAACGUCUAUCAAGGAUGUGCUGGAGAGUUACAGUAAAGAGGAGGUGAGGAAAAUGAGAGAGAAAGUGAUCGACAAUAUACCGAAGAUAGUGUAUGCCAGACCCCAGGAGGGGUUGGAGACCAUAAAGGACGCUUUCGAUGUGGCUAUCGAGGGGGUGCUCAGGAGGUUCAGGGAGCAAGAGGAGUGGGGGUUCAAGUGGUAAUAAUGGAAAGAAAAUAUAUAUAUAUAUAAAUUGUUUUAGAUUUAUAUUUAUUGAAUGAAAAAAAUAGGAAAUUUUUAUGAGGAGGCAGUUAGUAGUGUUAUUAUAGUUAUAUGUUAUUCUUAGAGUUUUGAAAAAGGCCAGGAAAGGGGAGGAUUUGGUACAAUGUAGUUGUUUUACUAGAUUGUACAUGUUGUAUAGUAUAGAGUUAUUUACAUUUACGAUUUGUAUUCUUUUGUUGAGGAAUCGGGCUCGGAAUUUCUGGGUUUCAAUUUGUGCACAAAUGAAGGGUACUUUUGUAAUAAUAGUGCUGGCCUUCCCCUCACCAAAUGGAUUAAAUGCUUUAGGACCACGUAUUGGCAGUGGUCCAUAAUGUUGGAAGGAAGGUGGACAGUGUCUUUUUGGGGACCAUGGGCAUGGUAGGCAUCCAAUAAUAUCAUGAAACAAUUGGGAAAUAAA